AUGCGCCAAUUCGAGAAUGUUUCGAUAUCGCAAUGGGCGAACCCGUAUGCGAGCGGCGGCACCAACACCGGGAAGAACUUCUAUGCUACGGCGACUACACCGAAGCCCCAACAACCCGUCUAUCGUCGAGUAGUCCCACCUACACCAGUAUUCUCAUAUACGCAAGUAGUUGAUGAGAAGAGCAGCAACGCCGAACAAGCAGAUCCAGAGAAUGUUCCGGCUGCUUCAGCUGCUCCGGAGGAAACUUCAGCAGCAGAGGUCACUCCUGAAGAGGCCGCACCGCCGGCUACACCAGAAGCACCUCCAGCAGUAGAGCCAUCAGCAGAAGUAGAAGCACCUGCGGCAACAACCCCAGCAGAACCGACACCAGAAGAUCCAUCAACACAAACAGCAGAGGCACCAUCAAGUAGUGGGGACGGCGUCGUAGCGGCUGAGGUUGUAACGGAAGAUGUCAAAGACGAGCCUCCAGGAUCAAGCGAUGCCGCGAAUAUUGAGGCACUGCCGCCUCCACCACCACCCCCAGCACCGGUAGAUGCACCACCCGCCGAACCCGAAGCAGCAGCACCUCCAGCACCGCCAGCACCAGAAGUUCUGCCAGUACCUCCCAGUGAGCCUGCGCCCCCUACACCCCCUGCUCCACCAGCACCACCGGCGGAUGCAACACCGGAGCCAGUAGUCGUGGAGAGUGAGAAAAGUGGUGAGUCCGAGCAGGCCGCUCAAGAGCCUCCGAAAUCCCCAACCGAGAAGUUUGUUCAUUUUGCCUCUGACACCAAAGACCCAGACGCCGGAAGCAUAGGCAAAAAGAAGAAACAGCUGGGGUAUGGUAAAGGCAAGCCCACCGCGUUCAUCCGCCCCAGAAAGCCAUCGACAUCCGUUCCGCCUCCUUCGCCACCGAAAGAGGAGAAGAAGAAGGUCUUUGUUCCAAUCGGCAUUAUCAAGAAGGAGCGAAGGGGUUCAUUGCUCUCGGCAUUGGCCAGUGAGAAGGUAAUGACCAGCAAGUCAAGAGGGAAGAAAUCUAGCAACGAUGGCAGCGGUGACGACAGGUCGACAGUAAUCACCGAUGGAGAUGCCCCCUCUUCAGACGUCUCUGAAAGCGUCAUCAUCGAGGAACCUACCGAAGACGCUUCAGGGUCGAUCGUAAGCGAGACAGUACCGCCUCCGCCGCCACCGACCGAUAAUCCACCUGCGGUAGACGAGGCCGCUGUCAGCGAGGAUGUAGUGGAGGCACAAGACGAGGCAGUUGCAGACAGUCCUCCGAUCGAGGAGCCAGCUCCUGUCGCUCCCGAGCCAGCAGCUGAAGCCGAGCCAUUACCGGCAGAUGCGUCUGCGGAAUCUGCUGAGCCACCACAAUCCGACACACCCGCUCCUGUCGAAGAAGCUCCAGUUACUGAUGCCAUAGCAGAGGAGAUUGCCCCCACCGAUCCAGUCACCGAGGACACUCUUCCCCCUCCCGCCGAGCCGACCGCAGAAACAGCUUUAGAAGCCCCUGCCUCAGAAGCUCCAGUCGAUGAACCACAGCCAUCGAGCGAAACGGUACCAGAACAGGAACAAGCUACAACAGAGAGUGCGGAUGCGGUUGAGCUUGAGGCGUCACCACCAGAGGAUGCGAAACCAGCUGAGGCAGAAGCCUCCGUCGAGGAAACGGCAGUUCCCGUUGAAGAGCCUGCUGUCGCCGAAGAGGAAGCAGCCCCGCCAGCAGCUGAAGAGGAACCUCCAGUUGAGGAAACUGGUAGCUCAGAAGAGCCGCCGGCAACUGUGGAGGAUUCUCCUGCUGUUGAAGAGCCAGUUCCCACCACUGAUGAACCAGUCCCCGCUGCCGAAGAGACACCUGCUGCAGAAGAAACACCUGCUGCCGAAGAGGCACCUGCUGCCGAAGAGGCUCCUGUUGCCGAAGAGACUCCUGCUGCCGAAGAGACUCCUGCUGCCGAAGAGGCACCUGCUAUCGAAGAGACAUCCGCUGCUGGUGAUGCUCCAGCCGUGGAAGACGCAGUUGAUGCCGAGCCCGCACCCCCUGCUGAAGAGACAGCUGCGCCCGAGGAAGCACCUUCCACCGAAGAGACAGCUAGCGCCACCCAAGAAGCUCCCGAAGUUGACGCCACGCCCGAGGCGCCCGCCACCGAGGACACAGCGCCAUCCGAAGACGUCCCAGCCGCCGAAGAUACGCCUGUUGGUGAAGAUACAUCGACUGUCGGUGAUUCUUCUCCUGUCGAAGAAGCACCAGAGACAGAGGAUACACCAGUUCCCGAGGAGCCCGCCCAUGGUGAGGCUGCACCCGUUGUUGACGAAACGCCCUCUACCGAGGAACCGCCUAUCGUCGAAGACAUCUCUACUGCCGAGGAGCCAGCUCCGCCGGCGGAACCGCCAGCUGAUGAACAAAUACCCGCUGUCGAAGAAGCCCCAGCUGUUGAGCCUGUUCCUACUGAAGUUGCUGAGGAUGCUGCUGAACCAGAGUCAGAAGCAAGCGUUGCUCAGGAAGAGCCAUCACUGGAUGAGGAGCACGACAUCGAAACAUCUAGUCCCGAAGUCGAGGAAGCUCGAGCAUGGACCUCAGCAGCGCCGGCAGAUGUUGCUGUUGUGGCUUCAAUACUUGCAGCUGAAGCAAAGGCCAAUGCACCUGAAUCCUCACCUGAUCAAGAUCCUGCUCCGGAAUCUCCUGAUGCUGCGGAAGUUCCGGAGUCUGCGCCAGUUCCAUCUAGCGACCCACCGUCAACUGAGAGCGAAGACAAGCCUGACGUUGCAGAUGCCGAAGCACCUGCAAGUACUGAGCCGGUCAUGGAUGUAGCUGAGCCCGACGAGGCUAGCGCUGAUACCACCGGUGAGCCCCAACCUGACUCCACAGCGGAAGCCUCAGAAGCAACGGACGCACCCGAACCUGCUCCCGCAGAGGAAGCUAUCGAACCAGCCUCCGGCGAAGGCGACAGUGAGCCGACAGCUGCACAAGACGAGACCAAUCCCUCCACCGAGGGGCCAGAAGCUGCGUCGACAUCAGAAGAGACAGACACGCAAACGACGGAAGCCACGCCUGAUGUAACACCAGAGGAGCCUACUACAUCGGCACAAGACACUGCUGAUAUGGCACCCAUCGAAGUUGCUACAAUGGAGGCUGAGGCGAGCGACGAAGAACUGCCAACCGCCGACACCAUGCAGGACAUCUCCGAUUGGGAGCAAGACGACGACAAUGUUUCUGACAUGGGAAUCUCGGACUGGGAGAAGGACGACGAUGCCUCAUCACAACCCGGUGAGAGCGAGACCAAUCCUUCCGAGCAUCAAGACUUCGAUCAAGAGAGCAUCGCACAAGACUCAUCGGAGCCUGUACAUGAGGAUGAGAAGUCACCAGACCAGGACAAGCCAGAGACUGUACAGGUCAUUCAGCCGUCUGACACUACAACCUCUGCUCCGGUGGCCGAUGACGUCGAUGAAGUUGCCGUCGUCUCAGUCCAUGUCAAUGAGGAUGAGCCUACCAAGAACGAUACGUCCGCGGCCGUACCAGAGGUCGUCGAACAGAACGAAGCCUCAGCCUCUGAAACAUCGCCAGAACCAUCCGAACCACAAGAGACUGGCGACUCAGCUGAUGCUUCCGCGGAGGACCAGACGCCUGAGACACGUAUCGAUGAAAGCACUGAAGAGGCACAGCUUGCAGCUGGCGAUGCACCUGCAGCUCAAGAACCCGCCCCGGAGGUGAGCCAGCCAGCAGCUCCAGAGGAGAAUGCCAUCACCGAUGCGAGCACAGACGCACAAGACGAUGCGAGUGCACACGAAUCGCCAGUCGACGAGUCGGAGCCGGCGGUGAGUAGCGAGGCUGCCAAGGCCAGCGAGCAAGUCAUAGUCUCGGCUACACCCGAUGACGUGGAGAAUCCAGAUUCAUGCACAGCUGAGACUGAAGCACCUCUACCCAAACUCGACGACAAUACCGACGAAACAUGCGCAAGCAUCCCAGCUGACGCGACAAGCGAAGUCAGCCCAGACCCUGUCUCGAGAGAGGCUGACGUUGAGACGCCAAUUGAAAACCCCACGGUCGAAGAGAAGCAGACCGAACACGCCGCGGGCGAUCCAGUUGUUCUUCAAGAUAUUUCCGAACAAACCGACCAUGAUGUUGUAGCUGCCAACGUUGCGCUAGCUGAAGCCGAGCCCGACUCUGCACCAGACAUGCCGGCCAAGAAGGCGGCGGAAGUGGUCCAUGAGGACGUUGGGCCCGAUGAGGAGCCACAGCAUUCGGAGGUUUCCAGCGGAGCCAACACAGGACCGGAGCCAGAUGAUGAACCAGUAGAAGAGCAGGAAUCCGAUGCGGGGAGCGAAUCUGGGUCGGAGUCCGAGGAUGAUGACUGGUCUGGAUCUGAAGUGUCUGCCGCACCUUCUGCCUCUGAAGUUCCCCAGGCCGACGACGCGCCUGACUCAGCACCCGCUGAAGAUGAAACAACGAAUGCCGAAGAGGCUCCGCCGAGUGAGAUCGCUGAUGUCACUGCUGCUGAGCCUGAAGAGCCGGAGGAAGAACGGUCAAUUCUUGACGACGAUGCCGGCUCCGACGACGAUGCUGCUUCCGAUCACUCCUGGAAUUCCCAAGAAGAGCCAGAGAGUUCCAUGGUAGUCGACGAUGCUGCCGAGCCCGACGAGCCAGAAGCGUCCGAGAGUCCGGAGUCGCCUGCCGAAUCGGCCGCGAUCACAGAAGCGCAUCCAGGUCUAUCACUCGAGGUCAAUGUCGCAACCUCUGAGAUCGUCCCGGCCGCAGAGUCUCCAGCAUCAGAGGUCGAAGAUCCGUCUGAUCCUGCGCUCGAAGCAGUUGAAGAGGAGCAGGGGGAUGAUGAGAACGACGUUAGUGCUAUCACUCAAGAAGAGUCUAUGAACGAUGAUUCACUAGUUUCGUCACAAGAUUCCGCUGAGCCUGGAGAGGAGCCCGCAGCAGCUACCGAGGUGUCGGAGCCGGCGGAUGCGCCCCAAGCAGAAGAGGAAGUUGCCCAGGAAGACGAGGGCGAGGAUGCUUCUCAAGUCAGCGAAUCUGGCAGCGAGAGUGAGGCUGGAGAGUCCCUUGCACCACCGGAAGACCAUGCUGAGGCCGAUGACGACGCUGCGCCGACCACACUUGACGGGGAGGAGCCAGACACCGCCGCACCGCUUACCGAAGACCCAUCAACCGAUGGCGUUGAGAAUGAGGCAUCCGAGGCGGGAGAUGCAUCUGUGGCUGGACAGGAUGUGGAAGAGCCUGCUGAACCAGAGACGGCUGAGCCAGUCGCAGCUGAGCCGGAGCUGGAAGCGGAAGCUGUUGAGCAAGAUGCGGAUGCAGCUGCAGAUGAACCAGAGGAGCCGCCGGCAGAGGAAGCUGCUGAACCAGAAGAACCGGUGGCGACGCCCGACGAUGCCGCCGAUGAGGACCCCGAUGCGGCUCAAGAAGACGAAUCUGUUGCAGCUGAUGCCGAGCCUUCACUCAUCGAAGAGGCGGAACAGGCAGAACCAGCACCACCUCCAGAAGACUCACCAGAGCCACCUAGUGAGGAUGGUCAAUCGAACGAUGGAUCUGCAGCUACAGGGGAGGCAGAUGAGCCAUCGGUGGUUGAGGCCAGCGAAGCGAACGACGACGGUGCCGAAGCUGCUCCACCAGCGUCAGAGCCAGCCCCUGCAGAGGACGCACCGCCUGAAGAGGCUCCUGCUGAGGUGGAAGAAGCUCUAACUGAAGCCGCUGAAGCUGCUGAGCCAGUGGUAGAGGGCGGUGAUGUUGAAGAAGUUGCGGCAGACGAAGCCCCGGAGGAAGCAACGAAUGAAGAGCCGGCAUCUUCGCCUGAUGUCGAGCUCGAGGAAGAACAGGUAGAGGCACCACCCGAAGCCCCUGAGGAAGAACAGCCAGAACCCGAAUCACCAGCUGCUGUCGAAGAGCCCGAGUCGCCGACUGAACCCGUCCCUGAAGAACCGGAAGCACCAGCUGAGGCGGCCCCAGAACCAACGCAGGAACCCGAGGAGCCCGCUCCCGUAGCGGCGGAUGCAUCCGCUGAUAUCCCGGAAGAUCAGGAUGCGGAGGAGUCGGUACCAGCCCCCGAAGUGGAGGUAGAAGAAGUCGUAGCCGAGGUGGCCAAUGAAGAGACUCCCGAACCCGAGCAGGCCGAUGACGAUGCACCGGCAGACCGGUCCCUCGACGUUGACGAAGUUCCAAACACACCUUCGCCUCUACCCUCUGUAGCUGCUGUUGCUGCUGCUGGGAUUACCGGUGCCGCCGCUGCUGCAUUAGUCGGUCAUGCUGUUGAUGACCGUGCGGACAGGGACCGCGACUUUGCAGUUGAGGACGAACCGUCAGCCGAUACACCCAGUCGUGAGAAGACCCGUCGCCGACAUUCACACACGCGUCGUGAAAGCCAGCACCGGCCAAGCCGCAGACGCGAAAGUGGCGCUAGUAUUAUGGAGCGACCAAUAAUGCCAGCCUCUGCCGUUCCUGAUGCGCCAAGAACAAGGCGUCGCGACAGCAUGACAGAGCGCGAAGCGGCCGAGCGCAGAAGGGCCAAAUUGCGCGAGGUUGAGAUACCCAGUAGUGGUAGCGACAUACAGAAGGCGUACCCGGAUCCGUACCGCUCGCACUACCGAGAACCCAGGGGUGAGGAGAGAUACAGCAAGCGUCGCCCCGUCGAGGAGGUUGAUGAAGAAGCCGAUAGACAGAAGCGACGCGAAGCCCGGCGGGCCGAGAGGGCUGAGAAGGAGCGACUUGCUGCCGCAGACGCUGCCCGCCUAAAGGCAGAAGAGGAGGCGAGAAAGCUGGAGCAUCGGGAACGACGCCGAGCAGUCAGGCGUGCCGAAGAAGAGCUCAUGAGAGCCAUGGAGGAACGCAAGAAACUCAAAGAAGAGCAAAAGCUCGCCCAGGAAGAAGAGGAGCGACGCAUUCGACACGAGAAGAGGAGACAACGACAUGAGGCUGAAAAAGAGGCGAAGCGUCUGGAACAGGAGGCGAUUGAGCAGGCGGCGCGCGAAGAAGAAGAGGCCCGGAAAUUACGGCGUCAAAGGAGAGCGGAGCGGGAAGCAGCCAAAGCAGCUGGCUUGCUGAAACCAAAGGAAGAGCUUAUUGAUCUUUCUCGCGAUGCUGCUCGCCGAGCAGCAGAGGAAGACGACGAUGGCGCUUCACCUCCACCCCCGCUGCCACCAGUAGUCGACGACACCCCUCCUCGUAGUGCGCCGCGCAGGCGUUUGAGUACCCGCGAGACUCCACCGAACGUGAAGCGUGGUAGUCUCUUCGGUGGCAUCUUUGGCCGCUCAAAGCCCGAAGCGACGCCACCGGCUGCGAAACCGUCGAGAUCGUCUCGUGCCCGCGCCAACACGCUAGAGGCUACGCCUGUCAAGUCUUCGCGAAGGGAACAGGAGAUUGAACGACCUUCGAGCCGAGACAUGUCGUCGGAUCAGAGCCGAGAGCGCCCAGAGCGCAUGCACCGCAGUCGGCGUCUUUCGCAUAGUCAACGUCGCUUCGCUUCUGCUGAGGAAGAGGCCGAUUACUACAGGUGGAAAGAGGAGCGACGCUUCAUGCGUCGUCCUGAACACGAAAUGUCUGGUGGACGGGACGGGGGAGUUUCUCUUCCACCACCGCCUCCGCCGCCUGAGGAUCUCCCGCCGCCGCCACCAGAGCCUUUCGAAUACGAGCCAGAGCCAGAACCGAUCGAGACGAUUGAAUCGCCAGUGAUCGAGGACGCAGCCGCGGUUGUCGGUGAGAUCUCCAUCUCAGACGAGGAAAGACGCGAGCGUCGUCGAAGUCGGCGUAUGUCCAAACCGGAAGAACGCCCCAAGACACGCCGCAUCUCUGUUGUCGAGAAAGAGAGGCCGUCUGAUCGUCGAGUGCAGUCGGAUCGGCCCCGCGCACGAGACCAUGGUGAAGACCGUCCGAGGCCCAGGCGCGGCGAGACCGACCGACGCGACAGGAGGAAGAAGAAGGAAGAGUCCAGUGGUCUCAAAGGACUCUUCGGGGGGUUGAAGAGGCGAAUCACUUGA